UGUGCCACAGUUCAGAGCCCUAUAUUUAUCAUUAUGGUAUAAAUACUCUGUGAUCUUAGUUAAUUUGAUUAGUAAUUAAAACAGGAAAUUAACAACAAUAAAAUAUAUAUAGAUUAAAUAAAAACAAAAAGGAAACCAAACGGAGAACUUCUGCUCUAGGAAUACACACAUAGUUUUUUUGUUUUUGUUUUUUUAUAUAUAUACAGUUAGUGUAUUAUUUUAAUGAUAUUUUCUAAGCAGUUGCAUCGGAUGAUGAUUAUGAACUGAGUAGUAUUAGACUAAAACAAAUUAGUGCAAAUAAACCAAAUCACAGGUGUUUCCGAAAUCAAAGCUUCAUCCGUGAUGAUGUCUUUGGUAACAGCUUCCACAUGAACCUGAUUUUUACUGACGCAAAGUAAACACAGCACAUUAAUCAUUAUCAAACCUUCUGACGUCCACUUGACCCUGUAACCUGAACCGGUUAACAGGUGGGAAAAAUCGUGCAAUAACCAAGUUUCACUGGAAGUACUGACGGCUAUUAUGGCUCUUAGGCGAAUCCCGAUCUUUUCUUUAGAGAGUGGCUGUAACAUCCAAGAGUGAUGGACCUGACACCAUAAACCUGUCUGAACACGAUCCCGAGUACAUAUUGAGUUUUAUUUUGAAACCGGUCCCGGAAGUGACAGUUGAAAUUGUAGUUGGUUUGACAGUGAUAGCGGUUAGCAGCGGUUAGCAGAGUAAACCGUUAGCUGAACCUAACAACGGUACUUAAACCGUCAGAGUUCCGUUUUGUAAACGGAUCAGAGAUGGAUCAAGCCGGAAAUCUUCCUGGUUUGCUGCUAAAACCUGAAACGAAACUGAGAAAAGCAGACAUCCAGCAGCUGUUGGUGAGGACAGAGGAGGUUCCCUGUGAGCAGCAGGAGUGGAGCUCCAGUCUGGACCAGGAGGACCAGGAGGACCCAGAGUGCCCUCACAUUAAAGAGGAACAGGAGGAACUCUGGACCAGUCAGGAAGGAGAGCAGCUUCAAGGACUGGAGGAGGCUGAUAUCACCAAGUUCACAUUCACUCCUGACCCUGUGAAGAGUGAAGAUGAUGAUGAAGAUUCAGACGUCCAGCAGCUGUUGGUGAGGACAGAGGAGCUUCCCCCUGAGCAGCAGGAGUGGAGCUCAACUCUGGACAAGGAGAACCCAGAGCCCCCCAACAUUAAAAAGGAACAGGAGGAACUCUGGACCAGUCAGUCAGAAUCAGUCUGUAACUUAAAUCCAGAUCGACCUUUACAGCUGGAUCCUGACAAUAGGGUGUCAGACUCCACAGACUGUAAGACUGAAGGUGAUUGGAUGGAGACCAGGGAACCUCAGUCAGUUUUAAACUCCCUGAAAAUUAUUGAAGUCCCUGCAAAUGAUGUGAGAUGUAGCACAGGCAAGAAAACAUACAGCUGCUCCGAGUGUGGAAAAAUUUUUGGCCGCAGCCCACAUCUGAAGAUUCACAUGAGGACUCACACAGGAGAGAAACCAUUCAGCUGCCCCUUUUGUGCUAAAAGUUUCACACAGAAGGUAAAUCUGACGUACCACAUGUCCGUCCACACAGGGGAGAAAAGAUUCAGCUGCCGUUUUUGUGACCAAAGGUUCACUUGGUAUACGCAGCUCAAAAGCCACCAGUGUGUUUGUGAGUCCUCACAGCUUCAUCAAAGUCAGAUUGAGGAGAACAGAGAUGCAGAGCCAGGUGAGAAAUCAUUCAGCUGCUCUGAGUGUGGGAAAAUCUUCAGCCGCAAGGACAAUCUGAACAUUCACAUGAGAAUCCACACGGGAGAGAGACCAUUCAGCUGCACAGUGUGUGGGAAAAGCUUUAAACAUGGAGGACAUCUGACACAACACAUAUCUGUCCACACAAAGGAGAACAGGUUUAGCUGCAGUGUUUGUGACAAAAGAUUCACGUGGCUCUAUCAGCUUAAAAGACACAAGUGUGGCGGUGAGUCCUCACAGCUUCAUGAUCUCUGGACUAGUCAUGAGGAGGCUGAUAUCACCAAGUUCACAUUCACUCCUGUCCCUGUGAAGAGUGAAGAUGAUGAUGAUGAAGAGAAACCUCAGUCCUCACAGCUUCAUCAGGGUGAGACUGAGGAGAACAGAGACUUAGUGGGAGGAGAGGACUGUGGAGGACCAGGACCAAACAGGAACCCAGAUCCAGCAAGACAUUUACAGUCAGAUACUGAUGAUAAGACCGAAGAUUUUGGUUGGAAAGAAACUCAUGAACAUGAGUCUGUAAAAGUGCCUGGAAUUGAUUCAGGAUGUAACACUGUCAAGAAAUCAUUCAGCUGCUCUGAAUGUGGGAAAAUAUUUGGCCGCAAAGAACAUCUGCAGACACAUGUGAGGAUUCAUACAGGAGAGAGACCGUUUAGCUGCUCCGACUGUGGUAAAACAUUCGGCUGUAAGAGGUCUCUGCUGGGCCACAUGACAAGUCACACCGGAGAGAAACCAUUCAGCUGUUCUCAGUGUGGGAAAAGAUUUGGCCGCAUGGUCAAUCUAAAGACACAUGAGAGACUUCACACAGGAGAGAGACCGUUCAGUUGUCCAUUUUGUGGUAAAGGUUUCACACAGAAGGUGCACAUGACUCAACACAUGGCUGUCCACACGGGAGAGAAACAGUUCAGCUGUAGUAUCUGUGACAAAAAGUUCACGUGGCUGUCGGGGUUCAGACGACACAAGUGUGGCAGUGAGCAGUCAGAGCUGGAGGACACUGAGGAGAACUCAGAGGUGGAACCGGGCGAUAAACCGUUCCGCUGCCGUGAGUGUGGGAACAGAUUUAAUCACAAACACAACCUGAAAGCUCAUAUGAGAAUUCACACAGGAGAGAAACCGUUCAGUUGCUCUGUUUGUGGCAAGGGCUUUAUUGCAAGUGGAGCUCUGAAGAAACACCUGAGGACUCACUCAGGAGAGAAACCAUUCAGCUGCCAAGUUUGUGGCAUAAGAUUUACACAAGGAGGAAAUCUGAAACGACACAUGGCACAGCACACCGGGGAAACACGAAAGAAACCGUUUUGCUGCUCAGUCUGUGGUAAAAGCUUUACACAAGUAUCAAAUAUGAAACGACACAUGGUGCAACACACUGUGACUGAAACAAGUCAGUCACAGGAAACAGAUAGUCCAGACCUGAGAGAGAAUCAGCAGGAUGAAACCAAGAGUCAGCUGAUGACUGAAGUUCAAACUGUCACUGACUGAAACCACCUGACAACUCAGAGCACAUAUUUAUAUCAACUGUAUUUUAUUGUAUCAGAGCUUUGAAUUUAUUUUAACUUGGUUAAUAAGAAGACAUGCACUAACCAGAGGCCAUCUAUCAUGGUGUGACACCAUCACACACACCCGUCAUCAUGUUGACGUUGUGAGCCAUCAGUACUCUGUGGUCAUUACUACAGCUUUGUCCCAGUUCAGGGGUUUUAUCCUUGGCUGCAUUUAAAGACCAACUGUCACAGAGGUGCGGCUAGACUGUCCCAUUUCAAAGGCUCCUUCGAAUGCUUCCUUCUUUUCCUGGACAACGAAGGCUCCAACAGGUGGAUCCUUCAGGGCCCUACCUAUCCCAAGAUUCAUUGCGUAUCAGUAAUGAAAGUAAUAUGGCAAGAAACAUUGACAGAGAGCCUAAUGAUUUCACUUUUAAAUUUAAGUAUUGGGUUUCAGCUCAGUUUAAGUUUUUGUGAAAGGUUUUUGUGAAAAGUUACGUCUUUAUCAAGGUUGCUAGGCGACCGGAGCCAUGCUUUCAACACAAUGGUAAGGGUGGUCACAGUUGGUAAUGCAAAGAGAAAAUUGUCCAUUGGCCAGACCGUCUCAUCUCGGUUGGGCCUUUGAGGUCUAUGGUGGCUACGGAGGGCCACGCCUUCGUAGCCCACGUCCUCUGAGGGAUGUGGCCCCUGAAUUGGGACUGAGCUAACAUUAUUACAUGACGUAGUCACUAUGACAUCAUUACAUGAGAACUCAGUGCUCAUGGUUGAACUCAACCUUCAUUUUGAUCUCAACUACACACUGUUAAGUUCUACACCUGUAUCUUUCAGGUUGUGACGAUAUUUUCUUUGCAGAUGUCUGUGUUGACAGAAAGAGUCCAGACCCCUGAGAGAAAUCAGGGAUCAGAGAUUUGUCCUGAGCAGAGCACAGAUUUAGGUUCAGGAAGCAGUGAGGAGUUCAGUGUUGAUGCUGUUGUCUGAGGGGUCAGACUUCUGACGAUCACCUGACAGAGAGUUUACUGGACUAUGAUGUGUCUGUAUUUGUUGAUUGAGUCAAAGUUAACUACAGUGUAUGUGUUCAUGGAAAAGGCGUAGGAGUGAACAGGUAAACAGAUGUGAUGUUCAUUUACGUCCUGCUCUGUUUCAUUGAAGAAAAAGUAUCUUGCUUUUUAUUGCACAGAGUUUUGGAAGACUUUGUCUUUUAUUAUUAUUUAAUGAUUUUUUGCUGCUAUUUCUGAUUUCAGGAUUAAUAUUAUUAUUAAUUAUCCAGUUUUUACAUAAAAAACAGAAAUGUAUGAAGUUACUUCUUUUUCAUUUUAAAUUAAAUGUAAAUUUUUAAUUUCAAAGUUUAUUUAAAAGUAUAAAUGUUGUUCGUAUUGUUGCUCUGACCAUUAACUGAAUGUGGACAUGUUGAACUACAUUAAUAGUGUCUGAUGAAGGACCAGUUUGGAUUCAGUGGAAGAAAAAGGUUAAUGUUUGUCAUUGUUGAAGGUUUUUGGUCAUUAAAGUUUAAUUUAAAGA